UUUUUUUUCUUCUUUUAUUUUUUUAAACAAAAUGGCAAUAUUUAAACAAUCAAGUCAUUGUUGCUUUUUAAUCCCCAUAAAAACAGGUGUCUAUCUUAUAACUAUUUUUGGACUACUUAAUAAAUUAUCUGGAUUCUAUGGUCUCAUAGCGUUAGAUUACAGCGAUCCUAUUGUUGUUUGUGUACAUAUUUAUUCACUUAUAGCGUUAGGCUUAUUUUCUCUUGGCCUAUACGGUAUUCAUAAUGACAAAUACACGUAUAUUCGCUAUUUCACCUUAUUUUAUUGGUUUGACUUUUUAAUUAGUACAGCCACAACAAUCUAUUUUGCUAUUCAAUGGUUUGUUUAUACAGAUCAUAAUUUGCUUGAAUUACAAGAUGAUCCAGUAAAGAAGCAGCAACAUGACGACGCCUUCAGAAUUGAAAGCACUGUUAGCAUUAUAUGGCUAUGUCUUAUUCGAGUAAUUCAUCUUUAUUUUGCUUAUACUCUAACUUGUUAUUAUGUCUCAUUGGGUAAAGCGCAUUAUUCCAAAAUAACCGCUUCUGUGGAUGAAGAAUUGAAUUUCUCUGGUUAUAAUGAAUUGGAAGAAGAGGAAGAAGAAGAAGAUAAAAAUGAUAAUGAUACAAGUCCAUUAGCUGGAAGAAGAAGACAAGCUUAACUUAU